AGACCAAUGAGACUGUGUGUUGCCGCAUUCAGUGCGGGUGUUGCCUGUGGUAGAAAGUUUAAAAGAGAUUGUGUGUCCUGCCGUCCCCAAGCAGAAGCAUCAAUCAACAUGAUCCCCAUUGUGCUGGCCUCAGUGCUCAUUGCUAGCGCCCUUGGGUGCGGCACCCCACCCAUUCAGCCCCUGACUACCCGUGUGGUCAAUGGAGUAGAUGCCAAGCCCCACAGCUGGCCCUGGCAGAUCUCUCUGCAGUAUGAGAGGGACAGUGAGUGGAGGCACACUUGUGGGGGAUCUCUGAUUGCUGCCAACUGGGUCAUGACUGCUGCUCACUGCAUCAACACCAAGUUCAACUACAGGGUGUUUGUGGGCAAACACAACCUGGUCGAGGAAGAGGCUGGCUCCAAGGCCAUCGUGCCUGAGAAGAUUGUCGUCCAUGAGAAAUGGAACCCCAUCUUUGUGGCCUUUGGUAAUGACAUUGCCCUGAUCAAGCUGUCUGAGUCUGUGCCUUUGACUGACCAUGUGCAGUUGGGAUGUAUCCCUCCUGCUGAAACUGUGCUGUCCAACCUCUACCCCUGCUACAUCACUGGAUGGGGCAGGCUGUACACCGGAGGCCCCAUAGCUGAUAAGCUGCAGCAGGCUUUGAUGCCUGUGGCUGACUAUGCCACCUGCUCCCAGCCUGACUGGUGGGGUAUCGCUGUCAGGACCACCAUGGUGUGCGCCGGUGGGGACGGAAUUGUGGCUGGAUGCAAUGGUGAUUCCGGCGGCCCUCUGAACUGCAAGAACGCCGAUGGUGCCUGGGAGGUUCAUGGCAUUGCCAGCUUCGUCUCUGGUCUUGGUUGCAACUACGAGAAGAAGCCCACCGUCUUCACCAGGGUCUCUGCUUUCAACAGCUGGAUCGACCAGGUUAUGAUGAACAACUAAAGAAGAUGGAGUGUCAAUAAAGAAAACUUGGCAAGCUGCA